GUUGCCAGUAGCAAUCUCUCUGUAUUCAUGUAAUCGUGACUGUUGAAAGGUUAACAACAGAUACGUGAUGGCCAAAACGGAGAUGUCUAGAACUGAACUCAAUGUAAAUCAAGGAGAACCAACACGAGUUCAGCCUGCAAAGGAAACAGAAAAGGGACAUUACUUCCUUUCAAAUCUUGACCAGAACAUUGCUGUUCCAGUGCGGACGGUGUACUGCUUCAAAUCUGCUUUCAGAGGAAACGAGGAUGCUGCACAAAUUAUCAAGGAUUCCUUGUCGAAGAUUCUUGUCCCUUAUUACCCGAUGGCAGGCACGCUGUCUAUAAGCUCGGAAGGGAAGUUGAUAGUGCAUAAUCCUGGGGAGGGUGCAUUGUUUGUGGAGGCUGAAGCAAAUUGUGACAUCGAAGAGAUAGGAGACUUGACGAAACCAGAUCCUCAUACUCUUGGGAAACUGGUUUACAAUGUUCCUGGUGCUCGAAACAUUCUUGAGAUGCCUCUUAUGACUGUUCAGGUGACAAAGUUCAGAUGCGGAGGUUUUACUUUGGGGCUUUGCAUGAACCACUGCAUGAAAGAUGGACUAUGUGCCAUGGAGUUUGUGAAUGCAUGGAGUGAGACAGCUCGAGGUUUAGACUUAAAGAUCCCACCAUUUCUUGAUCGAACUAUAAUCAAAGCACGUGAUCCUCCCAAAGUAGAGUUCAAACACAACGAAUUUGCCGAAAUACAGGAUGUGUCAAACACUAGAAAGCUUUAUGAGGAAGAAAACAUGCUCUACAGAUCCUUCUUCUUCGAUCCUGAGAAGCUCGAUCUACUUAAGAAAAAGGUCACAGAAGACGGAGUUUUGAGCAAGUGCUCAACUUUUGAAGCGCUCUCAGCGUUUGUGUGGAGAGCUCGAACUGCAGCAUUAAGGAUGCAACCUGAGCAACAAACAAAGCUUCUCUUUGCAGUUGAUGGAAGGUCAAGAUUCGUUCCCCCAAUACCAAAGGGGUACUUUGGCAAUGGUAUUGUGUUGACAAAUUCGUUGUGUGAGGCUGGGGAGUUAUUGAGGAACCCUUUGUCAUAUUCCGUGGGAUUGAUUCGCAAGGCAAUUGACAUGGUCACUGAUAGUUACAUGAGAUCUGCCAUUGACUAUUUUGAAGUCACAAGAGCUAGGCCAUCUCUUACAGCCACCCUUUUGAUCACAACUUGGACUAAGUUGUCUUUCCACACCACAGAUUUUGGCUGGGGAGAACCUCUAUGUUCUGGUCCUGUGACUCUGCCAGAGAAAGAAGUCAUUUUGUUUUUAUCACAUGGUCAAGAAAGGAAAAACGUAAAUGUUCUUCUGGGUUUGCCCAAGUCUGCCAUGGAAAUUUUUGAAGAUUUGUUGAUGCAAGUGUGAGCAUGUAGUAGGGU